AUGGAGAAGAAAACAAUUCUAAAAGAACCUCUUUUAAAGAAAUCACAACAGAAGAAAAAAUACACUAAUUAAUUACAAGAAAAGUUUGUUCAGACAAAAGCAAACCUUUGUUACUAUGAAUAUGACAAAGAAAAAAAAGAAGCAAAAAAGGGAUCAAUUGAGAAAACACAAUGUGUUGAAACAAUGAAUCUUGAGGAAGCACCACCUCCUGCAAGACAAUAUCCUUUUCAGGUUAGCCAUGAAAUCUGUUUAAUUUACAUUUCAUAUGUGACUCUGCGUUGUACAACUGGGUCUCUAAAACCACUGCCUCCAGUCCUUCAAAUGCUGUGGAAGCAUAGAAGAGUGUCUCAAGUGCCAUCACCACACAAGUCAGUCCUGAAUAUGGCUGUGGCCCAGUGCAACUAUGAACUCAAAGAAAAUUCAGCUAUCCACCUUGUCAGAAGCAAUAAAUGCUAUAUAUUGCAAGAGGAAGAUUCUGACUCAUGGAAUGCAAAGGAUUUGGAAAGUAAAAAGGGAACAGUCAAACAUUACCAUGUGCAUAAAACUCCUGAGAACAAGUAUUACCUCACUAAAAAUUCGUUUGAAUCAAUUCCCAAGGUUAUACACUACCAUCAGCACAACUCAGAUGAGCUCUGCUGUGUGCAGGUGACGCAGCUUGUGCAGCUCUUUAUUGAACACCAGGAAGAACUCCUUGGGGAGGAGGUGGCUGGGCCGGCUAGUGAGGGGGAUGAGGAGCCACCAGCACCUCAGACGGCACCAGAAACAGCAGAGGUGCCUCCCAUUGCUCCCAAAAGCGAACACCUGAAGAGCUCUUCUGGGGAGAGAAAGUAUGUUCUGGAUGACUAGUAUAUAAGUUCACUAGGAACCAAGUUUCCAGUAAAGUGGUCAGCACCAGAAGUUUUUCAUUACACUAAAUUUAGCAGCAGGUCAGAUGUUUGGGCCUUUGGUAUCUUAAUGUGGGAGAUCACUUUGGGAAAGCACCCCUACAAGGUUUAUGAUAACAUGAAGGUGAUUGAGAAAGUUUUUCAGGGAUACAGACUUUAUAGACCGCAACUGGUUCCAGACAUCAUCUACCAGAUAAUGUACAACUGCUGGCAUGAGCUACCAGAAAAGCACCCUGCCUUUUAUCAGCUCUUAUCUUUUUUUGAGGCACUAAGAGAAGACAACAGAGCUUGAAAAAGAAGACUCUGCAUACUGGUUCCAUAUCACCUGUCUUCUAUAUGAGAGCUAAGUCUGAAAUCUGCCUGACAUUAGCUAUCCCUAUUAUUCUGUAUGUUAGCGUUCUUCUCAUUUAAUCAGCAUUCUGGGGAAAGAAGCAUAUGGAGAAAGCUUUUGUAACACUCUGUAGGUGACAGAAUUUGCAAGGAUACUGAGGUAGAAUAUAAUUCAUUUUGUUAACAUUGUCUCAAAAGACUUUUCAGACACUGAGAUAUAUAUUCCAUUUGUGUACACUCCUUCAGUGCAUCAAGCAGUCAUUAUUUGGCCUUAACUGCAAAUGCAAACAAGGAAAUAUA